GGCGCUAGAGCACUCCGACCGGCCCGGUUGAUUUUCGUUAGUUCGAAGCCGCCUCAUGAAGACUCAACACUAGAUUUAGUCAUCUCUCUGAGAGUUGAUACCUAAGUGAAUUUUAUUGUGAUAUUUAGUGUAUAGGUGCCAAAUAAGUUACUAUAAAUAUGGACGACGAUCAACAGUUUUGCUUAAGGUGGAAUAAUCAUCAGUCAACAUUAGUAGCGGUAUUCGACACAUUAUUAGAAAAUGGAACAUUGGUUGACUGUACCCUCGCGGCAGAGGGUAAAUUCCUUAAUGCACAUAAAGUCGUCCUAUCGGCGUGUAGUCCAUAUUUUGAGGCAUUAUUGUCUCGGCAUUACGACAAACACCCGAUCCUCAUCCUGAAAGACGUGAAAUUCCAAGAACUGAAAGCCAUGAUGGACUACAUGUACAGGGGCGAGGUGAACAUAUCGCAAGACCAGUUGGGGGCUUUGUUAAAGGCUGCCGAAUCAUUACAAAUCAAAGGACUGAGCGAUAACAAGAAAGAUGAGCCGCCAGCAAAGAGGCCGGCACCCGCCCCUGCGGCACCUAAAAGUCCCCAACCCCAAGCGCAGUUACCCAAAGUCCAAGGUCUGACGAUAGAGCAGAGAAGCCGCGAUGAUAGAGAAGGCUCAAUGUCGCCGGGUCCUCGAAAGAAAAAACGAAUGCGGCGCAAGAGCGAGGAGAUGGACAACCAUGACGCGUCCAACUCCUCCGACGCCAGCCACAGCAUGCCUGCCCAAAACAUUCCCUUGGCUACCUCGCAACUAUCCACCGCUAAACUGAACUCCAAUAACGACCUAUCCGACCAAAUUGAAACGAAACAGGAAAUUCUGACCAGGCACAAAGAGGAAACGGGCUCGCAGCAAACGGUACCCAUGAUCAAAGAGAAAAUCGAAACGCAUACGGAACUGAUGCUCGAGCCCAAGUCGGAAUACGUCGAGGAAAUGAACGAGGACAGUAUCGAGGACCUAACGCUGGACGACGACGACAUUAGCAAUAUGGAACAAGUUGACGAAGGUGCGGGACCGAGCCACGGAGGCGAGGGAUCAUCACAGCAAGGAUUUGGACAUUGGCAAAUGGGUAAUCAAUCACAAGACGAGGUAUUUUUAGCCGCUCAAGAAGCGGUAGGCGCACACAGGGACUCACAAGGUGUGAUAUCACAAAAAUUCAAGAAAUUCCGUUUAAGCCAUCCCCAAGAAGAUUUCCAGAGACGUUCUGGGUAUUUUACAUCUCGCCAAGCCGAAAAUCAUCUUGCUGGAGACCGCAGACUUGGUGCCGCUAAUGUUAAACAGAAACAAUCAUUCAGAAAUGAAGAUAUUCAUCAACUGGCUCUGAAAGCUCAGAAAUUAGUUGAAGACAUCCGAAGUUCUGGUGGUCAGAAAGAGACUGGUCUGCUAACUGACAGUUUAUCCUGCAUCUUUACCAGAAGACCUAAGAAGAACAACCAGCACAAAACGCCCCAAAAGCGAGUCUUUUUCGAGGAAGUUAGAGAAGAAGACACACGUCCCAAAAAUACUGAACCAGUUCAAAGACCGCAAUAUCUUAAAAAGGAUGGGUCUUCAUGUCCUCGACCUCCGACAAUUUCUCAAAAAUACGUCGAUAAUAAUUGGUCACACUUGAGCAUGGAAGAGGAAGCUCAGGAGAAUAACUGUCCCGAACCUCCUGUACUGUCCACUAGAGAUAAAAGUCAAAUCACCCACGACGCAUCUCUGGACGAAUCGAAUGUAUCUCCUUAUGUCCCGAAAAACAAGUUUGACGUGGAUGAGUACACCAAAUACAAGACCGAACAGUUGGAGAAGGAAUCGAAAUAUAAACAUGGCGAUACUUCUCCGCGAUACCAGCAAGUUGAGGAACCUGAUAAUGAUGACGGUUUAAACGGCGAAGAUUACGAUGAGUUAAGUAAAUACGAUAUAGCUUCUUAUGCCAUAUCUUCCGGGAAUACUCGCUUUGGAAAGAACGUCAAAGAAAAAGACUACUAUGACGAACCAGUGAACUACGAACGUGAGUCUUACUAUAAGGAUUUUGCAGAAUAUCGCAAUAAGCGACAGUCUUCUGAAUAUGAAGAGCGCGAAGUUGCAGAUAUUUGCCCCCAAGCUCCUCAUAUCUCUCCUCAACCAAGUGAGAUCGAACAAGAGCCAGAUCACAGUGAUCUAGCACCAGAAGCACCCGCAAUAUCCGAGGUACAACGCUCAUACUACGAAAAACCAUCUUCCUUACCUCCUAAACAACCGUGCGAGACUCAGAAAAAGUGUCCUCGAUGCUCUUUUCAAACCACCAACUUAAAGAGGCUGAAGGGUCAUUUAAAGUUCGUGCAUGGCGAGACCGAAGCUCAUGGGGUUGAAGAACAGCCACCAAAAAAAGCAGGAAACGAGUUGUUUUCUCGAAGGGAACCCAAGGUUGUUGAAUCUGAACUGUUUUCUCGCAGACAGUACGCUAGAAGAGAUGAGGUACCUGUAGAGGAUGCUGGCAUAAAGAAAAAACAAUUUCCUGGUGGUUUCAAAAGACGAAAUACCGCCGUGAAUGUCAUAUCGACCGAGGUGUUGAUACCGGCAAGGAAAGACACGGUUGAGAGUGAGAGGCUUGAAACCGCUGAAGAUGAUUAUGACGAUGAAGCUAGCGAACUUCGUAAGGAAGCAGGCGUGUUGGCUGCUAUGGAAUACUUCGAAACUUCGAAGGAUCAGCCUAAGAAGCCGCGGCCUUAUAAAAGGAACGCGGAUGACCUUUUGGACGAUGAUUGGUUCUAAUAAUCUAGGUUUUAGUUUAUGUUCUCUAGGAUUCUUUUUGCGUUUCAUUUAAAUAUGUUGCUUUAAAACAUUAUUGCAGUUAUAUAGUUAAGUUAAACUCUUGUACUUAUAGGAUUGAACAUUUUUCUGUUUAGGUAUAUAAAAAUGUUAAUAAAAAUAAUUAUUAUAG